CCGUGGUCCCCUCUGGGACCGCGUGCCCUGAGGGGCUGGGACCUGGGCACCUGUCAGCCCUGGCACUGACUGUCCAGGGUUCCCCUCCUCCCUCUCCUGGCCACUGCCGCCUCCUGUCCCCUCCCCUCCCUUCUUCCUUCUCCUGGUCCCACCUCCAGCAGCCUCUCCCGUGGCUCCUCCUCACCUCUGUCCUCCUGGACUGUCCCGGCUCCUACCUUGCCUACGCUCACCUUUUUCCCCUUUCGGGACUGAGUGAGGACGAGCGGGGGUGGGUACAGCUGGGGCUUCGGGCACCACAGGCAGAGACUUUAGGCCCUCUCCCACGCUGCCAGCCCUCCGGUAACCCCUCCCUCCAAGCUGGGGGGGAGGGGGGGCAGCACCCAGAGGGUUAAGGCUGUAGGGGGGAGGGGCUGGGCCAGGUCGUGGGCGGCCCCUUUGAAGGAGGGAGCUGGAGCGGGGAACAGCCACCCCACCUCCCCCCCCCCAGCCCGGCCCUCCCCCACCCCUCCCAACCUGCUCCCCCCAGGGGCCAAGAGGAGUUGCCGGAGAGGCCCCUCAGCGUUCAGAAAAAGAUGGGGAGCCCCGAGGACGACCUCAUCGGGAUCCCCUUCCCAGACCACAGCAGCGAGCUCCUGAGCUGCCUCAACGAACAGCGCCAGCUGGGCCACCUCUGCGACCUCACCAUCCGGACGCAGGGCCUCGAAUACCGCACCCACCGGGCCGUGCUGGCCGCCUGCAGCCACUACUUCAAGAAGCUGUUCACCGAGGGCGGUGGUGGCGCCGUCUCGGGGGCCGGGGGCGGCGGGCCGGCCGCCGGGGGGGCGGGCGCCGGCGUGUGCGAGCUGGACUUCGUGGGGCCCGAGGCCCUGGGCGCCCUGCUCGAGUUCGCCUACACGGCCACGCUGACGACCAGCAGCGCCAACAUGCCCGCCGUGCUCCAGGCCGCCCGGCUGCUGGAGAUCCCGUGCGUCAUCGCUGCCUGCAUGGAGAUUCUGCAGGGCAGCGGCCUGGAGGCCCCCAGCCCCGACGAGGACGACUGUGAGCGGGCCCGCCAGUACCUGGAGGCCUUCGCCACGGCCACGGCCACGGCCACGGCCGCGGCAGUUCCCGACGGCGAAGACGGCCCCCCGCAGGCGCCCCGCCCGCCCCCGCCCCCGCCGCCCCCCCGGCCCGUGGCCCGCCGCAGCCGCAAGCCCCGGAAAGCGUUCCUGCAGACCAAGGGGGCCCGGGCGAACCACUUAGUGCCCGAGGUGCCCGCGGUGCCCAGCCAACCCGUGACCUACGAGGAGGAGGAGGGGGCCAGGGUGGGUGGCAGUGCGGGCAGCGGGCCGGGGGACAGCUACAGCCCUCCGGCCGGGACUGCUUCACCCCCCGAGGGGCCCCUGACCUACGAGGCCUAUGAGGGUGAGGAAGAAGAGGAGGAGCCCGUGUACUCCACCGCCUACGGGCUGGCGCAGGGGGGUGGGCCCCCGCUGUCCCCAGAGGAGCUGGGCUCAGACGAGGACGCCAUCGAUCCUGACCUGAUGGCCUACCUGAGUUCGCUGCACCAGGACGCCCUCGCGCCGGGCCUGGACGGCCAGGACAAGCUGGUGCGCAAACGCCGCUCCCAGAUGCCCCAGGAGUGCCCCGUCUGCCACAAGAUCAUCCACGGGGCGGGCAAGCUGCCCCGCCACAUGAGGACCCACACGGGUGAGAAGCCCUUCGCCUGCGAGGUCUGCGGCGUCCGCUUCACCCGGAACGACAAGCUGAAGAUUCACAUGCGGAAGCACACCGGAGAGCGGCCUUACUCGUGCCCGCACUGCCCAGCCCGCUUCCUGCACAGCUACGACCUCAAGAACCACAUGCACCUGCACACGGGGGACCGGCCCUACGAGUGCCACCUGUGCCACAAGGCCUUCGCCAAGGAGGACCACCUGCAGCGCCACCUCAAGGGCCAGAACUGCCUGGAGGUGCGCACCCGGCGGCGCCGGAAGGACGACGCGCCUCCCCACUACCCACCGCCCUCCGCCGCCGCCCCGUCCCCCGCUGGCCUCGACCUCUCCAACGGCCACUUGGACACCUUCCGCCUCUCUCUGGCCCGAUUCUGGGAGCAGUCAGCCCCUACCGGCCCUCCGGUCGCCGCCCUGGGGCCCCCUGAUGACGAGGAGGAGGAGGGGGCACCCAGUACGCCGCAGGCCGAAGGUGCCAUGGAGUCCUCUUAGAGAGGGCCGAGCGGCCGGGCUGGCGCAGCGCGAGGCGGGCCGCCGCUGCCAAGCAGUGGGAGUGGGCGGGACGGACAGAGCCGGGGUCGGGGCUCUGGGCCUCCCCGGCUCCAGAGAUCUGCCCCUUCCCCCGCGCCCCCCAGAACCCUCAUUCCAGUUCCAAGCUGAGAAGGUUUUGGGGUAGAGGCUCCCCAGACUGGGGUGAUCUCCCAAGGAGUGACGCAGGACAGUAUGUCUAUAUUUACAGCUCUAUUGUAAAGGUGGGGUCCCUGUCCCCAGCCGCUCCUGGGGAGUAGAAGCAAUAAUGUA